AUGUCGAUUAACCUGCACUGCCAACUGGAAUGUGAUAAGGAUUCUCAAUAUAAGCUGAUUCAAUUGACUCCGGAGCUUUUGAAAGUGCUGAAGCCCACAAAGGGUAAUGAACAAAAUUCCCUUUUGCAAUUCAAAGCAUUGGACGAUAAUAGCUCUAACGUCGUGUUAUGCUCCCGUGAUAAGACUUGGAUAGUAAGACAAAAGAACCAUUCCAAUACUGCUUUGUUAAUGAACGAAUUUAUACCGGGAAGGCCCAUGAAUAUACCAAAAGAAUCAUUAUUUGGGUUGACGGAGCCCACCAGCGACCUUUUGGGUUAUUCUAGUACGAGUUUUGAGUACGAGACACGUAAAACGGAAGGCCAGUUGAAUUUAGAUUUAGUACCCCUCUAUAACGGUGAAGUAAAAUUCCCGCAGACUGGAAACAAGCCACAACUAAGGACUUUUGAAGAGUUGGUGGAACAUUCACCAACCUCUGUUGUGGAGGCGAAAACUAUAUGGUACAAUGUUGGGGGCUGUGAGAUCAACGGGUAUAUCUGUCUGUUGUCGAAUGAAUUCAUGUCGAGAGCUUUACAUGUGAUGUUAACGAGUGUUGUAGCAGAAAAUUUGAAUUUGAACGAAUUAGCAUUGGAUGAAACAUUCCGUGCUGUGACUAAGGAUAUGGGUCCAGACUUCAAUCCAUACACAAUUGAGGUGGUCAAGACAGUCUUGAACAGGUUCAUGAAAGCAUUUACAGAUGACAGAUGGUCAUUGGAUAUGCUAAAGAUUGCCAAAUGGUACGGAAUAAAUGCAUUGAAGAACCAUGCACACAAGACAAGUAUGUCUACUGAUGAAUUCAUGAUCAAAUGGAAAUCCACAUUCCCACCUUUUCUACCCUGCGAUAUCGAUACUGACAUGCUCCGAGGCCACUAUUACAAGCCUGCAGAACAUCAUUUGCAAUACAUUGCCAAGAACACGCUACCGAUAGACGUUAAAGAGAGAUUCAAUAUUCUGUUCAGAUUACAAUCUACUUGGGAUUUUGAGGAUAUAAAGCCUCUGGUGGAAGAUCUAAACGUGCACGGACUGAAGAUAGACAAUUUUAUAAUGAAAUAUGCAAGAAGAAGAAGAGUUCCGGGCAAACAAAAAGUCAUCGUGACAAGCAGAUAG